AUGUACACCAGAACCGCUAAAGCUGGAGUUCCUGAGGGAAAAUUUAAAAAAUUAAUAUUAGAUGUUCCAACAAGGUGGAAUUCUGUUUAUUUUAUGAUAACUCGAUUUAUGGAAAUGGUGUCUUUUCUUAGUCCAAUGUUACUCAAUGAUAUAACUGCACCCAGUAUGCCAACCGCUAUAGAAUUAGAUAUCCUCCGACAAUUAAUUGAAUUAUUACAACCAUUAGAGUAUGUCACAAAAGAAUCCUCUGGAGAAAAUUACAUUACUAUCUCAAAAGUGAUCCCCAUGAUUAACUGCCUAUUAAAACAACUGGCCCAAACCCAACCAAGAUUUGAUGUGUUGAUUGAAAUUAAAGAUAUGUUACAUACAGAAAUAAUUAGAAUAUUUGGACUGAUUGAGCAAGUAAAACCAAUCGCCAUUGCUACAAUUUUGGAUCCAAGAUUCAAAAAUCUUCACUUUACCGAUCUAAUUGCUAGUUCAAGUGCAAUAGCAGAACUUCGAAGAUUAUUAUUGCCAGAUUUAUCAUCUAGCGAAUCUGAAGGAGAGAUGAUAUCUAAAGAACAUGUGGAUAGUUAUGAUUUUUGGGCUCACCAUAAAAUGUUAGCUCAUGGCCAGAAAAAGAAAAAAUCUUCAUUUACAUAUGAUGAGUUAUCUCAAUAUCUAUCCAACCCUGUCUGUCCACUAAAGUCAAACCCCUUAGAGCUCUGGGAAGAUAUGAAAACAGUCUUUCCCAUGUUAUAUAAGCAAUCAAGAAUAUCUUUUACGAUGGUUGCAACAUCUGUUCCAUGCGAAAGACUGUUUUCAAAAGCCGGACAAGUCAUAACCAAAACGAGAAACCGUCUAACAGGUUCUCGUUUAGAAAAAAUUUUACUUCUUGCAGAUUUACCCGAGGAUCAAUGGUUUUAA